AUGGCUUUCAUUCCUGAUAUUUUUUGCAAUAUCAACACCAGUACUGUCGUCCUAACCAAUCAGAAACUGGAGGAGCUACAGGAUCCGAGAACAGUGGUACCAGCCUCUAGUCUCAUUGUGACGUUUGACUCCAGGACGAUGAAUUUAAGCUGGGACUGCCAAGAAAAUACAACCUUUAGCAGAUGUUUCUUAAUUGACAAGAAUAGAGUCGUGGAACCCAGGCUCAGUAACAACGAAUGUUCGUGCACAUUUCGUGAAAUUCGUCUACAUGGAGGAGUCAUAUUUGAGGUUCACGUGAAUACCAGUCAAAGAGGAUUUCAGCAAAAACUGCUUUAUCCAAACUCAGGAAGGGAGGGUACCGCUGCUCAGAAUUUCCCCUGUUUCAUCUACAAUGUGGAUUUCAUGAACUGUACCUGGGCAAGGGGUUCAAUGGCCCUCCGUGACGUCCAGUAUUUUUUGUACAUACAAAACUCAAAGAGAAAAAGGGAGAUCCGGUGUCCUUAUUACAUACAAGACUCGGGAACCCAUGUGGGAUGUCACCUGGAUAGCCUGUCAGGACUAACGUCUUGCAAUUACUUUCUGGUUAAUGGAACCAGCCGAGAAAUCGGCAUCCAAUUCUUAGAUUCACUUUUGGACACAAAGAAAAUAGCAAUGUCACUGUACGUUGCAACACGACGCACUGCCUCGUACAGUGGAAAUAGCCCAGGACUUAUCAGAAGCUAUCGUACCUGGACUUUCAGUACCAGCUGGACGUCCACAGAAAGAAUAGCCAGACUGGCACGGAAAACCUACUAUGCCAGUGUGGCCCAGGGGUGGACACGGUGGACCCUGAACUGGAGGAUGCAGAUCUCACAGGGGUUCCUUAGGAUACAGCAACUGUUCCCGCCAGUUCCGCAGAUCAAAGACAAACUGAAUGAUAACCAUGAGGUGGAAGACGAGAUCAUCUGGGAGGAAUUCGCCCCAGAGGAAGGGAAAGGCUACCGCGAAGAGGUCUUGACUGUGAAGGAAAUUACCUGA